AUGGAUUAUGGGGAGGCAUUUCCAAACCAGAAGAGUACGAUUUUAGAUUGUGGAGUGCCAACAAGCGAUCCAAAUUUUGAAUAUUCCAUGGACCCUGCCCAAAUUGAGUCAUGUGCUACAGAUCUAGAAUGCAAGUUUGGAGAUCUCGCGGCAUUUUAG